AGAACACGAAGUAGCCACGGAUAUGUUUUCGAACAUGUACGCAAGAGUCACAUUGCAUCAUUCCUGGUUCAAUGAACAUGCUUCGAGGCGCGACCGCCGUGAUCGGGCGCCGGUCCAUGGCUACCGUCAACAACAACUACGUGAAGCGAUUGGUGCAAGAUGCGAACAACCACCCCAUGGAUCCUCUUCGCCAGCUGCGCGUGCUCCAGAUGCUCAACAAGAUCCAUCCGUCGCUCGUCAUCCAGCGCGUGGAAGCGGUCCAAUUUACCAUGUCCCAAGAGGCCCAGAAAGAAUACAUGAAGGCGUUGGUGAACACUGACCAAAUGGACUCGGUUGAUUUGAACCAAUUCUUGGCUCGCAUGCAGACCACCGGCCUCGCGGGCUUCGCCUCACGAGCAUCGCACAAGGCCCAUGGUGUUCCCCACCAUCAAACUGUCGAUGAGAGCGGAUACCGCGCUUGGGCGACAUUUGCGAUGUUGACAUGGGGUGGCAUUGUGGGCAUUUCUCUCGUGACAUUCUGGAACGAAGAAGGAUGGAAGGAAGAGCAUCCGAUGACCGCGGGGUUCAUGCGUGGAUUGGAGCUGCACAUGGAGCUUCCCAAGCGUAGCAACGACCGACCUGCUUCCCAAGACAAAUCUAAGUCAUCGCCGCCGCCCCCCGCGGCUCCACGUGCAUGACAACCACGCGUUGUGUUGAUGUGUGUAUAUCUAUCAUUUGCCGUACCAAAGGUGAAUGUAACCUAUUGUUUGUGUAUACUAGUAGUAAAUAUUAAUGUACCCAUCGCUGCAGUUCUUUCCGAAAUACUACUAUUAAUAGUACCAUGA